CACUCAUCACUGAUCACAAAUCACAAUAAUGAUGUCAUACCUUCAUAGCAGGACGAAGGAGUAAAUAUAAUAGUUUUAUUCAAGUUUUUAUAAUUAUAAUUUUAGUGAACAUCUUCAAUCAUGAAGUGGCUAAGAUGUGGGAAGAAAUAAUAUAUAAAUGAUAGCAUAGAUAACUGUAGAGUUAGUUGAUUUUAUUAAAACUUUUAUCAAGAUGUCCAAUCCAAAUGAGAGUUCUGGAUCGAAUCUGGCAAACAAUGACUCUAGAGUCGCCGCAACUGUGCCAAGUCGUCGAAUGAGUCUCGCAGCUGAUCUUAUGAUGCACAUAGAACGUAGAGCGGCUGAAAGUUCUGCAAUGUUUCGCAGUAACGUCCAUAAUGUGGUUGAAGAAUUAAGACCAAUUAUAACAGUAGCACGCCAUCCUGACCCCGGUUCACCAUUACCCCUAGGACCUGGAUCUUCAGUACGUUUAAGCUUACCUACGUGGCUGAACCUUAAUUCAAACAAUGUACACGCACCGCUUUCGCCCCCUAGUUCAUCAGAAACUGAUGAUAGAAACCCCAUUGCUCAAGGUGACAACGGUGUAUCUGAAACAUCACCAGUUGCACUGAGACUUCCUUUAUCUGAUAUUAGGCCACCUACAAAUGAGCAGCCAAAUAAUGAUGUUUCAAUAAAUAUGAAUUUGCCUAAUUUGGAAGAAAAUCCUGAACACGGACCUCAAAGUUCAGGUGCAACAUCUCCAAACGGAUCUAAUAACAAUAAUGAGAAUCAAAGCGAAGAAGAUGUUCUUCGGCAUAAUCCAGAAAUAGCUCAAGUUUUUGGUAUUGCUCUAAAAUACAUUCCAUUUAUUCUGAUAUUGCUUUCAAAAGCCAUUUUCGAUCAUAUUCCAGCUAUACUACUCUUCUUGGUGCUCUUUGUGUCUUUCCGGUACUUCAAUAACGUUGUAAAGCGCGAAGUAGCCAAGCAAUCUCAACGUAGCAUUGGAUUUCUACUUUUUGCUAUAUGUCAUAUGAUUAUGUCGGUGUUUUUGUUCUACUAUUUCUACAGUGACAUGAAUUUACAUUUUGGGUUAAUAUUCAUUCCUCCUUACAUACAACCUUUAACGAUAAGUAAUUUGCUAUGGUCUAUAGCCGUAGAUGAUUACAUCUUAAAACUAAUUACAAUAAUCUUCAAAAUAAUCAUAAUCAUGUUACCUAUAAAGUUUUUGCCAAUUAUAAAAAGAGGAAAAGUUUACUUGUUUAUCGAAGCUACAUCUCAGUUAUAUCGAUGCUGUGUGCCGAUUCAGCCUUGGCUGUAUUAUUUAUUAGAAUCGUAUCAGGGUCCAAAAAAAGUUGUCGGAGUUUUUUUAUCAGCUGCUUACAUGGUAUCAAAAGGAACUGAUUUAAUGGGUUGUGUGAAAUUAUGGUGGACGGCUUCAUAUAAAUUACUUCAGAACGUCGCUCUAGGAACGGUUCCUAGCAAGGAUCAACUAACCACUGCAGGCAAGAACUGUCCAAUUUGUCACGAUGAGUACGCAACACCUGUGUUGUUACAGUGCCACCAUAUAUUUUGCGAAGGUUGUGUCGCUAAAUGGUUUGACCGUGAACAAACAUGCCCUUUGUGUCGAGCUAAACUCGUCGAUGAUCCAGCCUGGCGAGAUGGAUCGACCACUAACUUUAUACAGCUUUUUUAAUACUCUCUAAUAUAUUAUUUUAAGCUUACUUACCUUUUUUUUUCUUUAUUGAUGUAUUUUUACUAUCAAUAAUAUUUUUACAUGUGUUACAUGUUAUGUGUUGAUUACUAUUACAUUUUUUUUUUUUAAUUUUAUUGUUAAUAAUUCUUUGUGGACCUCGAGAUCGUAGAAGUGAUGUUAGUCAUUCAAUUUUUUUGUAUUUUAUUUUAUUGUUAACACAUACAAAUAUUUGUCUGUGAUAGAUAUUUAUUAUAAUCAUUAUAAUUUGAGGAUAUAAACGCAAAUUCUUUUGUUAAGCCUUAAAUGUAUGCAAGUAAGUUCUUAUUUAUAAAAGUAUCCAUAUUUUAACUUAAUUAGGCAAAAAAAAAAGGUUCAAUAAUCUUUAUCUGACUUGCCAUUGUUAUACUGUAUGA